GCUAUCAGUCCAGGAGGCUCCUGCAGCAACAGCAUCACUUGUCAAGAGGCAAUAACUUCACGACAUUAAAGUUGAGGUCGUGUACUUUUUCCCCCCCAAUUUCCUUCCAUUAUGGCUGACCAUCUUUUACACUAUAAUGACUCCGCUGGGGUUGGGAACCGAUUUGCCCGCAAAGGUGCUUUGCGGCAGAAGAAUGUACAUGAAGUGAAAAACCACAAAUUUACUGCGAGAUUUUUCAAGCAGCCGACGUUCUGCAGCCACUGUACGGACUUCAUAUGGGGGUUUGGCAAGCAAGGAUUCCAAUGUCAAGUGUGCUGUUUUGUGGUUCACAAGCGGUGCCAUGAGUUUGUAAGCUUCUCCUGUCCCGGAGCUGACAAAGGUCCCGAUACAGACGAUCCCAGAAGCAAGCACAAGUUCAAGAUUCACUCUUACGGGAGUCCCACCUUUUGUGACCACUGUGGAUCUCUGCUGUAUGGCCUCAUCCACCAGGGCAUGAAAUGUGACACGUGCGACAUGAACGUGCACAAGCAGUGUGUGGUCAACGUGCCAAGCCUAUGCGGGAUGGACCACACGGAGCGCCGGGGUCGCCUCUUUCUCAAAAUUGAGGUCAGCGGUGACAGGCUACAUGUCACAGUGGGAGAAGCCAGAAACCUGAUUCCUAUGGAUCCUAAUGGUUUAUCAGACCCAUAUGUGAAACUCAAACUCAUCCCGGACCCAAAGAACGAGACCAAACAGAAGACCAGGACCAUCCGCUCUUCCCUGAACCCCUGCUGGAACGAGUCCUUCACCUUUAAGCUAAAAGUAUCCGACAAAGACCGCCGUCUGUCCAUCGAGAUCUGGGACUGGGACCGAACCACCAGAAAUGACUUCAUGGGCUCCAUGUCGUUUGGAGUGUCCGAGCUGAUGAAAGCUCACACGUGUGGAUGGUACAAACUGUUGAACCAGGAGGAGGGCGAGUACUACAACGUCCCCAUCCCAGAGGUGGAUGACGUCGACUUGGAGCUCCGUCAGAAGUUUGAGGCCUGCCAGUUAAAUAUCCACUAUCUCAAGAAAGCCAAGCUCGGCCACGGGAAGAAAGUCAUCACGCCGUCCGACCACCGACGCUUCAGCCUCCCUUCGGGAAACACUGAGCGUCUUCGUCUGAGCGACUUCAACUUCCUGGCCCUGCUGGGGAAAGGCAGCUUCGGCAAGGUGAUGUUGGCGGAGAUGAAAUCGACGGAGGAGCUGUACGCCAUCAAGAUCCUGAAGAAAGACGUGGUCAUCCAGGACGACGAUGUGGAGUGCACCAUGGUGGAGAAGAGAGUGUUGGCGCAGAGAGACAAACCGCCAUUCCUCACGCAGCUGCACUCGUGCUUCCAGACUGUGGAUCGACUGUACUUUGUGAUGGAGUACAUUAAUGGAGGAGACCUCAUGUAUCAUAUCCAACGUAUGGGAAAGUUCAAGGAGCCGCAAGCAGUGUUUUAUGCAGCCGAGAUUGCAGUCGGCCUCUUUUUCCUGCACCGAAAAGGAAUUAUUUACAGGGACCUGAAGCUGGACAACGUGAUGCUGGACUCCGAGGGCCACAUCAAGAUUGCCGACUUUGGCAUGUGCAAGGAGAACAUGUACGAAGGCAUGAGCACGCGUACCUUCUGCGGCACGCCUGAUUACAUCGCACCAGAGAUUAUAGCCUACCAGCCGUAUGGAAAAUCAGUGGACUGGUGGGCAUAUGGAGUUCUUCUCUAUGAGAUGCUGGCAGGACAGCCACCGUUUGAUGGCGAGGACGAGGACGAGCUCUUCCAGUCCAUCAUGGAACACAAUGUGUCCUACCCCAAGUCCAUGUCCAAAGAAGCGGUGUCCAUCUGCAAAGGGCUGAUGACCAAGCAUCCUUCAAAGCGUCUCGGCUGCGGGCCGGAGGGCGAGAGGGACAUCAGGGAGCAGGCGUUCUUCCGACGCAUCGACUGGGAACGCCUGGCCAACAGGGAAAUCCAACCACCGUUUAAGCCCAAAGUGUGCGGCAAGGGAGCUGAAAACUUUGAUAAGUUCUUCACACGUACGCAGCCCGUCCUGACCCCGCCGGACCAGCUGGUGAUCGCCAACAUCGAUCAGAGCGAGUUUGCGGGUUUCUCCUACAUCAACCCUCAGUUCUCCAUCCGUCCCUGCACAGCGUGGUAUGAGGAGGAGCGAAAGCAGAGCUCGGACUGUCAACCUGCUGACUCGAAGAUCUAAUCCUCUGCAAAGUUCUGACAUCUAGGUAUUACGUUAUGUAUCCUGCGUGCAGAUAUGACUGAGGAGCGCACUCGGAGGCCACGUUGCAUAGACACCCCCACUUUUUUCUUUUGUUCCCCUUUCUCCUGCAACAAGCAGCAAGGCACCACAAAAGCAUCGUCUUAUCCUUUUGUAUAUCGUCCCCAUUUGCAACCAAACAGAGAGAUAGUAUACAGUACAUGCUGUCACAUGCGUGCCAAAAUGGAUGACUCGUCCCAUUUGCAGUUUGCGCUAAUGAAUCAUCCCCAGACUGUUGUUAUUUUUGUAGACCCGCACAUUGUUCCAACACAACAGUCAACAGUGUUAUCUGGUAAAGAAGCUAUUUUGUAUGCACACAGCUGCUGCAUGCUUAUUUUCUCACUCUGUAUGAGCAUUAGGAUUCAGUGCUGUGUUGUAAUCCUACGCCGCCUAAAUGUUUGUAUUCCACAAAAAGAAGCGUUUCUCCUCCUAAUUUUUGUAAAUAAGCUCAAAAGAAGUUUUAUACGAAGAAAUGAAUGUGCUUUUUUGGAACAUUUCUAUACAUAUUUGACCACCCCCCCCCCC